CCCCUGCCCGCGGGGACCGGCCCAGAGAGGCACCGGCUGAGGGCAGGGGAAGGAGCAGCAGCGGGAGGCCGAUGCGAACAAACAAGUCGCUACUAGCUGCGCUCCCCCCUGCCUGCGCCCCUCCGCAGCGGCAGAGUCCCAGAGGCGGCCGGGGGCGCGGGGCGGCGCUCGCUCCCCGCAGCAUCGCCGGGAGGCUGCGCUGUGCGCUGGUGCUCGGGGCCGGGCAGGGUGACGGGCUCCCGGAGCCCGAGCGUUGCGCAGCUCCAGCAGCCUCCCUUGGCAGCCGGCACCCGCUUCCCGCGCGGAGGCGGUGAGGGGCCGGGGAGCCGGGCACUGCGCUGCCCCGUCGGAGAGGAGGGGCCGGGCCCCAGCCGGCAGGGGCUAGGCUGGGCGGCCGCGGCAGAGGGCGAAGCCGGCAGGAGGUGAGGCUGGGCGGCCGCGGCAGGGCGAGAAGCCGGCAGGGGCUGGUGGGCGGCCGCGGCCGGGGGGCCGGGCACCAGGGGGGCGCCCCGGCCCGGGGCCCCGCAGCGGGGCGGAUGGCUGCGGGCAGCAUCACCACCCUGCCCGCGCUGCCCGACGACGGGGGCAGCGGCACCUUCCCCCCGGGGCACUUCAAGGACCCCAAGCGGCUGUACUGCAAAAACGGGGGCUUCUUCCUGAGGAUCAACCCGGACGGCAGAGUGGACGGAGUCCGGGAGAAGAGCGACCCGCACAUCAAAUUGCAACUUCAGGCAGAAGAAAGAGGAGUGGUGUCAAUCAAAGGCGUAUGUGCAAAUCGUUUUCUGGCUAUGAAGGAAGACGGCAGAUUAUUGGCAUUGAAAUGUGUAACUGAAGAAUGUUUCUUUUUUGAGCGCUUGGAAUCAAACAACUACAACACUUACCGGUCACGGAAAUAUUCUGAUUGGUAUGUGGCACUGAAAAGAACUGGACAGUACAAACUUGGACCAAAAACUGGACCAGGGCAGAAAGCUAUCCUUUUUCUUCCAAUGUCUGCCAAGAGCUGACUUCAGUGGUAGAUUCUAUAGUCUAUGCCACAACACACUAAAGUGGUAGUUUCCUCCACUCCUUCCAAAAGUAGUAAAGUGUGAGCAAGUAUUUGAUAACUGCUUUUGCAGAUGUCUGAUUACUAAAUAUGUUUGUAUAAUAUAACCUUGAUGUUACUGUAUGUUUUGAAACAAUUGUGCCAGUGUCCAGAGGAAAAAGCACCAGGAAAAUGUAUAGAAAUUUCAAUAUCUGUGCUUCACGUAUUUUCCUCUAGUUAGAGCUACUAUAUUAGCCUUAUGUUAGCCUUACAGUGUAAAGGAAACUUAAAGAUGUGCACACAUUUACAAGAAUAUUUACCUUUUAAAAGAAAUAAUAUAUAUAUAU